GUCAAACAUUGUUAAACUGGACAUGAAACGUGAAAAUGUCAGCGCGCAGCGAAAGCGAGAUAGCGGUCUAGCGAGUAGUUUUUUCACCUGUCGGUAGUUACCUUGUACUUCAAUAGAGCGGGGCUGUUCCGGUCAGAGUGUUUUCUUUUAACUUCUCUCCUAGGUCAAUGUGUCUAGCGUAACAGACGUUAUUUAAAAACAGAAAAGAAGAAUCUCUCUCCCUAGCGGAUAUAUUGGCACUCGUCAGUCGGUUUAUUGAUAAACUCGCCUGGAAGGCGGUUUUACCUGUGUCGCAGUGUCACUCUGAGUGUGUGAUGUUGAUGUUUCUGGUUUGACAUCCAGUAACAGUUACAGUGGUUGACCGAUGCAGGUCUCUAGAAAUCUCACGGCCAGACCCGACUGUCAGAAUCAGGUGCACUGCGAAAACACGCCGAUUCCGUUACUGUGUACACCUGUUAUGUACUAAGAUAUACUUCUACAGAUGGCCUGUUUGUUGCAUUUACAUCGUCUGUGACUAUGAUGGCAUCGUCACCGGCAACGGUGGAAUACGACGACUACUGGCGAGAGUUCAAGGACAUCGAGAGUAACAAGGAUUCUGAUGAAGAGGAGGAGGAGCUAUCAAAGACACCUGACGAAGGGGAAGUGGAAUCUGAUUGGUUGAAAGCAACAGGAUAUGGAUUUGUGGUGAGCAAACUUCAAGAUGGUAAGGAGCUGAGCGAUGAUGAGCUGGAGGCUCUGACCUCAUCGCUGACCCGACACCAGGCGGAGGCGGUCAAGCGGAGAGUGGACACACUAACCACCACAAUGAGGACAAAGCAGAAACAGAAUAGAGUUCACAUGAAAGAUAUCUUCCCUGAACAGGAUGUCACUGCAAAGGAAUCGGCCAGUUCUUCGCGAGACUCUGACCCACCAUCAUCGCCUGGUUCGGAGACAGACGGACCUCUCUCGUCGGCGCGACGGAGCAGCAGGACAUUUCUGAAACGUGGCGAGUACUCAAUGACGGGAGUCACUCGUGAAGGCCAGUAUAACGUGGAUAAAGGCGUUGAAGCACUGAGUAUUCAGCCCAGGUCAUCUUUCGACAAUAAACGCAGCAAUCGACACUCAACCAAACACCUCCAGCCGAUCGCCGACUCGGAAAUAUCUGUCGACUUUCAUCUCGAAGAAAAGAGUAAUCAGGCAUUCGACACGAAACACGACUCGCUUGGCGUGACACGGAUCGGUGACCUGAGUGAGUCGGACAUGUCACGCAUCCGCUCCCUUGCCCUCAUCGAACUGACGGCACUCUUCGACGCGUACAGCAUCGUCUACUCGCGGCCAAAGAGGAAAAAGAAAAUCAAAGAGCACGGUUUGUUUGGCGUUCCGUUACAAGUGUUAGUGGAGCAUGACCAAAAACGCUGUCCCAAUACGAAGGUCCCGCUUAUAUUUCUGAGUAUUAUUGAACAUUUAGAGAGGGAAGCUUUGUGUAUUGAAGGAAUUCUGCGAAUACCGGGGCAGGUAUCCAGGGUCAAGCAACUACGCCGCGACUUGGAGGAUUAUUUCUACAGCGGCAAUUUCUCUUGGAAGGACGUCUUACCGAUGGAUGCCGCGGCCGUCAUGAAGCAGUUCCUGCGAGAACUUCCUGUCCCGCUGAUGACGUAUAACUAUCUGGAAGCAUUCUCACAAGUUGAAAAUAUCCCGACUACUCUAGAGCAGCUCAAAGCUCUCAAUCUUCUCAUUCUGCUGCUGCCCAUGGAACACCAGGAAACUCUUCGGGUGUUGCUUAGCUUUCUGCGGAACAUCGUGUCUCACAGCAAUGAGAACAAGAUGGGUCUGAACAACGUGGCGAUGAUCAUGGCGCCCAACCUGUUCCUCGGCCCGGCCAGUCUGAGCAAGACGAUGAGCAUCAAGGAACUUGAGCUGAGCAAGGCCGCCGGCACUUCCAACAUCGUCAAGAUGCUCGUCCACUACCAGAACGAACUCUGGACGAUUCCUCCAACUUUCGUGAAGCAAAUUCGACAUCAGAUAACAAUGGAAAUGCACAGAAAGACGAGAGAGAAAACAAGGUUACGCUUUCUCGGUCGAAAGGACAAGUCUGAAGUGUACAGGAAAUCAACUACAGACCUGGAGACUCAAGAUGGUAUGAUCCGCGUCCAGGCUCCGAACCUGACGAAGAGUUCCACGCUGAUUCAGCUCGACGAAUGGAUGACGGCCGGAGACGUGGUCGCCAAGUUCCGCAGAAACACAGGAUCGCAGCACGAAGGCUUCGACAGAAAGAGGAAACUCUACCACAGUGCUUCACUCCCAAGUUAUCCCCAACACCACCAAGGUCAAGAUCAAGGUCAACCUGUCAACCACGUACAGUCAUUCCGUAACCCUGACAACGGCCAGUUUGCAGAUGAUAAUGCUUAUCUCUUUGAAGUUGGGGGAAACAUAGGUGAACGGUGUCUUGAUCCGCAGACCAGGAUGUUAGAUCUUCAUCACGUGAACCCGAACGCCGAGUGGGUUAUCAAAGUUCACAAGAGAUAGACAACGUUCAUACUCCGAUACCAAGUACAAGUUUUGUUAUCACAACGAGAGAGAGAGAGAUAAGAUUCGCAUUCAGAUACACAAACACCGAGUGGGUUAUCUAGAUUAGACAAUGUCCAUGUACCUGUUUUAUGAUCAGAAACACAGAAUGGGUUAAACGAGAGACAGAGUGGGUUAACAAGAAAUAGACUGUUUAUAUUCAGAUACUAUGUACCUGGUUUUAUAGUCACAACAUGGAGAGGGUUAACAAGAGAUGGACACCAUUUAUAUUGAGACACUGUAUGCCUGGGCAGUGUUCAGCCAGACCAAGCAGAAAAAACAUCUGUUAAACUGGUUUAAACGCUUCACGGUAAACCAAAUGAUCAUGUCGGGAACCAAUCAAAUAAGUUGCAAACGUUAGCAAAAUGUUAGCUGGUUGAUCUUGGGUCUGGUUUUAUGAUCGUGGUGGAAUCUGGCCAUCAAAUACAACCAUAGCUCAAGGGAAAAAGCAACAGGAGGAAGUCUAAUGAGGCUUCCAGUUACGGGUGAGAGAGAACGCCCGACAACUUGUCAUCAAAUUAUAUAAUGUUAACUGCCACCCAUCCCAAACAUUCCCAUCCCAAACAUUCCCUUUACAGACAUUCUGUCAUUUUAAGAUGUCAUCAUUAAAUUUCCGCUACAUUCAUUACAACAUAACAUCAUCCCUUUGGUCCAGACAUAGCAACGGGAGUUUGUUCAUUUCUCCAUGAAUAUAAAAAUUACGUCGUCAGGGAACGUCAUAUCUGAUGAUGUCAUUUUAUAUGGGCAAGUUGUCUUAUUGAGCGUUAUUGUUUAUGGACCAAAAAUAAUUCAAAAUAAAGUAUGAUGUUUUAGUGUUAUUACUAGCAAGUAUGAUUCCAAUUUAAUCAUAAGUUUUGUCUGUUAUUUCUUCUACGUUCAUCUGGGUAUGAACCCAAAAAUAUAAUCCACAAACUUAUGUAAGAAUAUCUUCGCCGAUUAUCUUCGUCAAUUUACACAGUUUGCAGUUAAUUGUUAAUAUAACAUUCCUUUCCUUUUUGUUGUGAUAGAUGAUGUAAAUAUGUGAAAGAUAAUGAAAUGCCUGCAAACCAACCACUGGCAAUAUGGUCAGAUGGGUUCCAGUGGAUCGGUUUAUUUGUAGUAACUACUCUUAAGAGUAUCCAGAAGUUAACUGUCGUACCAGCACUGAAACAGUUACAAUGGAUAUACAAAAUGUGGUUGUAAGGGGUAUAAUUAACAGCAAUGCAGUCCUUCGUGUACAGUGUUUUAUAUUGUUGCAAAAUACUGUUAUAUUAAAAGUUUUUCAUUGAUUUCUUAUAUUAAAAUAUUCACCUAUUUAGUGUUGUAAAAAAAAAAAAAAAAAGUAAUAUUUCAAUGCAACAGAAUAUAUGGUGUGAUUGUUGUGUGUAUGUACGUUUGAAAUAGAGGUUUAUUUACAGUGUUAUUGCAAGGUGACUGAUUCCUAAAAGUCUCCAGGUGAAGUGGAUGAGAGUGGAGGGUGGGGUGGGGUAGGGUAGGGGGUGAUCACUUACCUCUCCUAGUGAAGACAGAAACCUUACCUGUGAAUAUCGUGAGAGAAUAGUACUUAAUGUCACAGUCAUAAGGAGAUUGGAAUAUCAAAAACGUGCAAUGUAUGUCAAAAUUAUUGAUGUCAAUUAAGCUAUGUGUAUACAUGUAUAUACAUGUAUAUGCAUAUGUUAAAUAUGUAUACAUACACAUGUACAUAUACAUGUAUAUAUUAAAGGGACAGAUCC